UAAUUUAUUGAUAAUGAAAGAGAGAUAAAGGACAGGCCUUCAUAGAGAUACAAAGCCUCCAAGCUAAACAAGACCCGUAAACCAGAACAACCACCAUCCCAAAGCAAAAACAUCAAGAGAGAGAUUUUAUGAUACUGUCCGAUUCCCACUUUCAUGGUUGGGUCCAAUGGUUAUCGAAGUAUUUCCCAAGAGAUGACUGGAUGCAACUCUAGCUAGGUACUUAUCUUGCACUUCUUAUCUCCCUUGUCUUCUUUCUUCUCCUCCUAGGAUCUCUUUCAUCCUCCCUAUUCACCAGUUCUUCUGCCUUUCUAUUUUCAUCUUUUUUUCUAGCCUCCCCCAGGACCAAUCUCUUUUUCAGAUCUCUGCUCCCCUUUUUUUCUUUCACUUUUUUCCGCUUCAUUUUGCUUAUUCUUCUUGCGUCCUUUUCAAGAAAACUUGUCAUAUUUUCUCCUUCUACGUCCUUAUCAGACUGUCACCCAUCUUCCACCAGUGUCUGAUGAUGCGUAUGCUCGACCUAACUGACCACGUGAAUGUGUUCUUUCUUUCUUUUGACAGCAGACUUUGCUCGUUCUGAAGGAAAGGAUAGCCACCAGGCCUGAUCCCUGUGGAGUCUCAAUUGAGUUCGGAGGACAAUAGGUGGAAUACGACUUUCAGGCGCUGAACCCAUCCCAUUAAACUGAACCCAGCAAGAGGACAAACUCGUUCAAGAGUUUCAUAAAUUGAUGACUCUUUUUCAUAAAUACAUUCUUUCGUAGAUAUUUCUGGUUCAGAUGGCCCACUCCCUUGUAUAUUUAAGGAAGUGCGUCUUGCAGUAUUUGGGCAUCCAGCAAUUACAACAAAUACUGCAUAACAAACAACAAUGGCAAUGGCCAUCAUUUCACUACAAUGGCUUCCUACACUAGCCCUAAUUCUCCUUCCAAUUCUUGCUUUGCUUCUCAUCAGAGGCAAGAAGAAGAAGAAGCAAGACCCAGGAGUGAAGCUCCCUCCAGGCCCUUCAAAGCUUCCAAUCAUUGGUAACCUCCACCAAGUUGGAAGCUUACCUUACAAGUCCUUGUGGAACUUGUCACAAAAAUAUGGCCCUGUAAUGCAACUUCAACUUGGCAGAACCCCUGCAGUUGUUAUCUCAUCAGCCCAAGCCUUUAGGGAGGUCAUGAAAGACAAUGACCUUGAGACUUGUAGCCGACCUCUCUCUGUUGGUCCGGGCAAGCUUUCUUAUAACUUUCUUGAUGUGGCAUUCUCUCCUUACUCUGAUUACUGGAGGGAGAUGAGAAAGCUCUUCAUUUUCCAGCUCUUGUCGAUGAAGAGAGUUCAUAUGUAUUGGUAUGCGAGGGAGGAACAGAUUGAAAAGUUGAUUGGUAUCCUGUCCAAUGCUGGUCCAAACCCAGUGAACCUUACUGAGUUGGUGUUCAAUGUCAUUGAUGGCAUCAUAGGAACAGUUGCUUUUGGGAGAAAUUAUGGGCAAUUGGAAUUCAAACAGGGGUUUGUUAAAGUGAUUGGUUCAGCCAUGGACAUGUUGAGCAGCUUCCACUGCGAGGAUUACUUCCCAACAGCAGGAAGAUUCAUUGAUAUGGUGACUGGACAGUUCGCCAAGCGUGAGGAGACCUUCAAAGUUCUUGAUGGCUAUUUCGAGAAGGUGCUUAACCAACAUAUGGAUCCCAAAAGGCCAAAACCAGAUAGUAGCAAUCAAGACAUUGUUGAUGUCUUGAUCGAACUCAUGAACGAUCAAAACGCCUCUUUUAAGCUCACCAGAGAACAUGUCAAGGCCAUUCUCUUGGACGUAUUUGUUGGGGGUAUAGAUACAAGCUCAGUCACAACAACAUGGGCAUUCUCAGAGAUGCUGAAGAACCCAAGAAUCAUGAACAAGGCGCAAGCAGAGGUAAGGGGGAUUGUUGGUAAGGCAAAAAGAGUAGAAGGAAGCGACAUUGAGAAAUUCACAUACUUGAAAAAUAUUGUCAAGGAAACAUUCAGGAAACACGCACCAGUGCCUCUGUUAAUCCCACGCGAGUGCAUCAAACACUGCAAGAUUAGUGGGUAUGAUGUUUUCCCAGGAACAACUAUACUCACCAACACUUAUGCAGUCGGAAGGGACCCAAAAUGCUGGAAAAAUCCGGAUGAGUUCUUCCCAGAAAGGUUUGAGAACUCUGAUGUUGAUUUCAAAGGGGCUCAUUUUGAGUUGGUGCCGUUUGGUGCUGGGCGCAGGAUUUGCCCUGGCUUGGCUAUGGGAACCACUGCUGUGCUCUACACUCUGGCUAAUCUGCUUUAUGGGUUUGAUUAUGAGCUCCCAAAUGGGAUGAAAUUUGAAGACUUUCCAUUGAUUGAAACAGGUGGCCUCACCAUCCACAACAAGCAAGACCUCAUUGUCAUUCCCAAGAAGUAUCAGUGGAAAGAUUAGGCCUUUUUUCUUCUACUUUUAUGUCAUGUUGAAGUCAAUAAUGAAAUAAAAGACCAUAUGCAACAAAUGUCUCUGUUUCGUAUAUGAAGUAAAGAUAAAAAAAA